AUGAGAUGUUUCGAGGAAACGCGUAUCCGAGCCGUGACCAUGAUCAACAAAGUGUACCUGCAGCACCUGAUCCCACUAUCCACGCUGGCAUCGUUCCCGGACUUCUGGAUCACCGUACUCGACAUCAUGGCCAAGUACUAUCACACCGAUAACGUCGAUUUGGUCGAGUCGAUUCCGGAAUCAGUCAAAAACAUGCUAUUGGUUAUGAAGACCGCCGGUCUUUUCACGAACAUCGAUGGCCUACUGCAGCUGACAACGAAUAAGCUGUCUUCGUUUUUGCCAGACUUGUCCGAGACGCUGAAUUUCGAAGUAACCAAUGAUUCGUUGCUUUCGUCGACGAGGGAUGCCUCUUCUCCAAUUCCUGCUAAUAUUCACCCUCAGGCUUCAAAUUCGGUGCCAGGAAACGUUGACCUUAAGACUGAUCAACAACCUGUUCCCGUGCCAGUGGUAAACGACGAGCUGAGCUGCGUAGUUUGCAUCGAACGAGACGACUAG